UAUGACAGCCGAUGCAAAUCGCAAACUUGGCGUCUCUGUCUUUCCUUUUGAAUAUGACUCUGGUGUCUUUUUGUUGUUCGCCUAGUUUCUAGGCAUAUUGAGGCUGCAGAUUAACACUUUGAAUCCCCGUCUGAAGCAUUUUUUUUUAUGACUUCUUAUGUUAGAAUAAAAAACUUGGUGAAAUAAUAGGAACAGCAGCAGCCGCCGGACCCGUCAGUGAGAAGGGAUUAUUUUUUUGUCUUUGCCUUCUUUAAAGACUAAACAGUGGAUGUUUUACAGUGCAGUCAGAUAGGGUCGAGUGUCUCUCCUCCCCUGCACACCGCGGCUACCUGGCGAGAAGAUUUGGAUUAAGACUAAUGAACUGGGGGGUAAAUAAUCUCCACGGGACUGUUUCACGGGGCGCAAACUGACUCAUUGUCUCGCUGUGGGAAUUUUUUUUUUCUACACCUCUUGGCUGAAGACGAUGUCUGUCCGGGCAUACUUUGUCGCUUUUUCCAAAUGCACAGUUCUUCUUUCUCUGAGGAUUUUGCUUCUUGUGCCUGCAGGGUUGCCAGUCCGCAGCCAAGGGGAUUCUCAGUCCGACAACAAAGUGAUGGACAAUAUCACCGUCCGACAAGGAGAGACGGUCUUUCUCAGGUGCGCACAGGGGGAUGUUGUCACACACACAGCAUGGCUAAACCGGUCGAGUAUACUGUAUGCUGGAGAAGACAAAUGGUCGGUGGACCCCAGAGUGAGUCUGGUGACCCUUAAUCAAGAGGAGUUUACCAUCAAGAUUGAAAACGUGGACAUGACAGAUGAGGGGCAGUAUGUGUGCGCAGUCCAGACAAGCAGUCGACCGAGAACCACCUCAGUGCACAUCCUUGUCCAAGUACCACCGAAAAUCAUCAACCUGUCAAGAGAUAUUGUGGUAAAUGAAGGCUCCAAUGUCACCCUGAUGUGCCAAGCAAGCGGUAAACCAGAUCCCGCCAUCAGCUGGAAACUCAUCUCCUCCUCAGGGGACCUGGCAUCAGACGAUGAGUACCUGGAAAUCCCAUCUAUCUCCAGACAGAGAGCAGGGACGUACGAAUGCACAGCUGUCAAUGAUAUUGACACAGAUGUCCAGACCGUAGACAUCACUGUUAACUACGCUCCAACUGUGUCAGAGGGCAGAGAUGUCGGAGUAACUCUGGGCCAAAGAGGAGUGCUGGAGUGUGAGGCGGAUGCAGUGCCUGAGGCAGAUUUUGAGUGGUAUAAAGAUGACAGAAGGAUCUUCAAUGGCUUUGAUGGCAUGGAAAUUGUGAAUACUGGAUCACUGUCGAAGCUGACGUUUUUUAAUGUGUCUGAUGGAGAUUACGGCAACUACACUUGUGUCGCCAUCAACAAACUUGGGAGCUCAAACACAAGCUUCCUUCUGUAUGUGGUAAUUGAACCCACUAGCUCAACGCUAUUGCAAGGACCGAGAGCAGUUCAAGAUGGCAGCGGCGGCGCAAUGGGAGUGCACUCACACACCUGUCUGCUCUUCAUGGUGAUCCUGCCGUUCCUGCUCAGAUUUUGAAGAGGAAUGGAUGUGAACACAAGUAUUGUUUGCGUGUUUGCGCGCGUGUGUGUGUGUGUGUGUGUGUGUGUGUGUGUGUGCGAGAGAGAGAGAGAGAGAGAGAGAGAGAGAGAGUGGUGGUGUGUGUUUUUCUUUUUUCAACUGGAACCAUAAACUGAUGCACAGUGAGUGCAUGAAGUAUCCUGCUACGUAAUGAUGUUGACCCACUAAAUAAGUACAUAACAAAAGUUUGUUUCUGUUUUUUUUUUUUAGAUUUUCAAGGAUGUAACAAAUGUUUCACAUUUUAGUUGUAUUAUGUUGGAAAUUUUCUCUCUAAAUUAUAUUAUUCUGGAUUAUCUCUUUUUACAUAUAUGUCUCGGAGGAAAAAAUAAGAUUUUUUAAUUGUGGUGUGGUUAUUGAAAUGGAUUUUUCUUUGUUUUUAACUGCAUUGCAUAUUCAUCUCAACUCCAGGAAAAGGCAAAUUUACAGCAAGUAUGGGAGGUGAAUGUUAAAUACCUCAAAGUCAAACUGAGACACUGAAGCAGAAGGAAUUUAGGUUACCCUAAGGCAGAAAGCCUGGUAUUAUCAUAUUUUAAUCUAUAAUAAUUAUCAUUCAGUCUGGUUGUUGAAACACAAUUGUUUUUGACCUUCAAGUAUUUUUGUUCUCAGCACUGUAGUGAUAUACUUGCUGUUGUGUUAUGCUAAUCUUUCUUUCUUUUUUUUUUCUUUCUUUUUUUUCAAUUUUAAUUUUGACUAUUUUUUGAGAAGGGAAAAUAUGAAGUUGUAAUUAUUUAGGACAAAUAUCUUAGUUUUAUGUCUUUGUUGUCUUUUUUUCCUUUACCAGUACAAUUGUACACAGAAAUGGUGUCAAGAAUAAUUAUGUUAUAAUUAUGUAGUUAAAAAUGGAGGAAGAGUUUACUCCACUUGUGUGGAGUCGAUGUCUGACUUAAAUAAUGCAAAUUUAUUAAUGCUGUUGCUACUUGUUUGAACAUCAUGCCAUUUCUACACGGCACAGUUAUUUGAAAAAAAUGUUCCUGUUAUGUUGCAGACCAGCACAGGAGGGUUAGAGACCACUCAGUAAGAUCAUGUUAAUAGAACACUUUUUGCAUGUAUUUAGACAACAAUAACCCAAAGACUUUAGCAGUUCGCACAGCACCAUAAUUCAUAGGGUUUCUGUUCCCUAGUCUCAACAUCCAACAAACACAAACACCUUUCCAGUAGUACUGUCUUUUCGCAAACAAGAGAACAAAUAUGUUGUGUUUUAAUAUGAGUUUAACAUCACAUAACAUUUGGAAAUCUAAAAUGAUAGAUACCUUUAAACCAAAAUGUACAGUAUGUGGUUUAUGACUGUGGAAUGCACAUCUGAACAUCACAUUUCCAGCUCUUAUUGAAAAAAAAAAAGAAUUGCAGGCUUACUUUACAAUAUGCAAGCCAAUUGCAAUAACUGAGAUUGAUCAGAGGUCUGAGUAAAAAAAAAAGAAAAAAGCUACAACUUCUCUUAUCACUUCAGGGUUUCCCAAACAUACAUUUAUUUGUAGCCCGCCACAAUGAAAACAUACAAAAUACAACACCAUGGUGUUAUAAGUGAGUGUACCCGGGCCAGAGACUGCGUAAUAGAAUGUUAGACAGUGAAACUUAACUGUUCCAUUCUGCUUAGUCUAAAAGUUUGCAUUCACUCACAGUAGCUGCUCCUCUUAUCCAUCGAUCUGAUCUGAUCAGCUCUGAAAAGACUGACAGAUUGUUUAUCCUCCCUAUGAGUCACAAACUGCUGCAGAGGACAAAAAGAAUUCAUGGAGAACUCUGCCUGCAUUGUCUUCACAGACCCACAAAAACCUCUGAAUUUAGAACAUGGGAUACAAAAUAAUACAAAGGGACAAAGGCGAUUCUGUGGGAAACACUGCAUUUGAUAGAUAGCUUUCAUUGUCAGAAAAGACAGGAUAUGUGAGAAAACUAGAAAAUCAUAUCUCUGUGAUAUAUUAUGGUAGAGGUUCAGCACAGACAGAGUAUCACUGGCAUCUUGAGAGGUAGCGAAAAGAGGACAGACCUGCGUUACCUUAUUUUGUUGUGAGCGUGACAAUUUUAUGCAACAAUCAGAAACCUGUCACAACACGUCAGCAAGAAUUAAAGCCAGUCAUUUAUCUUUUUCACAUUUCUUGUGUUGACAAACAACUCACACCAACUGCCAGACCACACUCAGGUCCCCCCCCGCCGCAGUGGAAAAUAGUGACAACAAAAGAAAGCAAGAAUUGGUGUUAGUCUACUGGUUUUGUAAUGUGGAGGGGAAUUUUUUAAACAUCAAGCCUCUAUUGCAAAACGAAUAGCAGUUUGUGUUUGUGGACCUACAAACACAACUAUCUACUGACUGUUGGUUUCAAUGAGAGCUGUACUAAAGGACUUGUAGAAUUCCAUUAACACAACAUCAAACAGGAACAGUGAAUUACAACAAAUUAGUGUGUGUGUGUGUGUGUGUGUGUGUCUGAUUAGUGGUGGGGCAAUGAAGCGCUUCUUAUGAUCCCGCGGCUCUGAUCGAGUGUGUUUUCACAUAUGGUUAUUUUAAAUUAAUGCAAGCUCAGUGGAUACUGAGCAGACACAGAGAUGAGCGAGACAGAGCCAAUGAUCUCUGCUGUGUUCACAUUCAGCCUUUGCUCCCCUUUUCCCUGGCUUGCCACUGCUCUGGUGAGGUUGCAGUCCCUCAUUUAUGUGCACCUCAAUUUUUUUUCUUUUGAACUCAGCCCCAUUGUGGCUUUUGGGUAUAACAAGGUUUGUGCUUCUUGAUGUGAAAAAAGAGCCAAUAUCCAAAUCAAAGCGGCAUGAAACAGAUAGGGCCAUUAUUGAAAUUGAUCAGGGUAAUCAUCAGCUGAAUCUGACAGGCUAAUCAUGGUUUGUUUUCACGCACAAGACAAAGAGAGAGAGACACUGCAGACUAUUAUUAUCUCCAGCACAGUGAUGUUUGGAAAUAACAUGGUAAUUAUUCCGUCCCGGCUUGAAGGAUGGCACUGCUGAUCUCACGUCAUUUUGCCACAAGAUUAACCACAUUUACGAUGAACUGAAGUCAGAUCACCUCCCAUGGAGGUCUAUGUUGGGAUCCAUCAGUGGGGUUUGCAUGAAGCGCUUUGCUGUCAAUAUGCACAAACAAUCACAGCCACAUCUUUUUGAAUUCAGUUGAAAGUUUGAAAAGGACCGGAAUGUACUGCACACCUUGCUUAAUAAUUAGCCUAGAAAUAUCAAAAACACACACCUCACUCCAUCUCCUCCUUUCAAACACACCAGGCAGUUCUCAUGCACAGUUGAUACAUUUUCCUACAAAAGGUAAUGCAGCAACAUUUCCACAUAUUCUUGGUAAUCAUGAGCCAGUAAUUUGUGUGUAACCCACAUAUCUGGGACGUAAAGAGGUAGUUUGGGGUGGUGGAUGGGUCACAAAAUACAGGACUUUCGCCCAGGACAUUGCCAGGGAGACUGGUGUUUGGAACCAUGUGAACUUUGUGGGAAAUUUAAGUCACUUUAAGGUACACUGCCACUAUGUUUUUGUUUUGUUUUUUACUAAAUCUAACCUACGUAACUUAAGUUACUUCACGUUAAGUACAUAAUGCCAUUCAUGAGAAUGCUAAUUCAUAAGAUAUCAUACAGGUUGUUGUAUGAGGUGAUGUUUCCUCAUACAAUGGUUCAUAUGAUAUCCCAGUCUAUUCUCAUUCCAAGCUCAUCAAAUACUGCCACUUUGUUAGUGAUCUGGGCAUUAGAUACAGAUACACAAAGGCACUCUCCGUGCCGGUAAGAUGGAUGGGUUUUAGAUAAAGUCCACAGACAAAGCGACAACACUGGAUGAGUUGGGGUGAGAAUAUGUUGGAUAUCCUACAAAAAUGCACAUACAGCAGUUUGUAUGUAGGCUGACCAAACGUCCUCUUUUGCCCGGACAUGUCCACUUUUGACGUCCUGACCGGGGCGUCCGGGGCUGUUUAUAAAUUGAUGAUAAUGUCCGGUUUUCCCUCCUUGUGUGUGUGUGUGUGUGUGUGUGUGUGUGUGUGUGUGUGUGUGUGUGUGUGUUUAUGUGUUAGAGUGCAGCACGGGCCGCAUAUUUCUGUCUGAACCCGACAGUCAUUCUGUUUUGUUAUGUCCGAAACCGAAACGAGCCUGACAUUAUUUAAUGACUAAAGCACUGAGUUUGUGUCACACAGUUGUUAUGGUUACAAGCUAUUUAACAGGCCAGGCGUCAGCAUUUAAUCCGAGGCUUCCAGCAAGGGGAGAGGUAGAAACAAACAGCCAAUGUGUGUCUGUGUGUGUUAUGUUCAGGUGUUGUCACGUAAAUAACAGUGCUCAAGCAAUAAACAGGACAGACAAUAGGAUUUUAUUUAUUUUUACACUACAUUUUCACUGAAAGCUGACUGAAUCCGACCCAAGCCCGCAUACAAUUUAUAGCUACUUUUUUGACCAAACCCAGCCCGACCCGUUGGGUAGGCCUGCUGUCGGGACCCGUAGGGCUCGGAUUGGGUAGCCACACACUAGUGUGUGAAUGUGUCCCCUUUCUAUAGGGGCCUAUCUGAAUUUCUGUCUUUGAGAGAUAUUAUUGUGUACUAUAACUGAUUUUUCGAUCCAUACAUAUAAACUUUAAAUAUAUUAAAAUUAUAAGGCAUCUUUGAGUAAACUGCGAGUAUCAUUUAAGUAGGCUAUCUCGUGGCCGGGCCAAGUGUCCUCUUUUUUGGAAAUCAAAAUAUGGUCACCCUAUGUAUGAUAUCAUAUGAAUUUGCGCCCAAUAAUGGACGUUACGUCUUUAAUGUAAAGUUACGUAAUUAAUGUAAAGUUACGGAGGUUAGGUUUAGGCAUGUUAAGUUACAGAGGUUAGUUUUAGGGAAAGAAAGAUGGUGAGGACAUACCUUAAAAUGACUAAAAUUUCACACGGCUCCAAACACCACUCUCCUGGUGAAUGUUAAGGGGGAAAGUUACGUGUUUAGUGACCCAUCCCACCACCCCAGCCUGCCUACUAAAUGGACCACUCGGGACUGCUUCCUUCUGUACUCCAUCAGGACAUUAGUCACAUGCAACCUUCCAAUAUACAUGUUAUCCACAAAUUACAGGCUCAUCAUUACAUGAGAUAUGUACAAAUUUCAGUGCAUUACUAUUAGUAGGAAAACAUACCAACAGUGCAUGAGAACAUUGCAUGAGGAUACAAUGCACAUACAUGUACACAUGCCACACUCUACUGAGAUGAGACGUCCUUGUAUAUUUCCACCCACAAGUUUUUUUUGUAGAACAGCCAAGCACACACUGUAAAAACCGGUCAUUUAUCUUAUUUCUUUACUACCUCUGAGCAGUUGUUCAGCAAUUUGCCCAAUUAUUCAACUGCACAGCAAUUACCACCUUAAAGUAUAUUUAGAUCUGGUCAUGGGUGUGCAUUUGUGUAGGCUGUAAUGGCAGUGAGGCUUGUUCACACCGUCUUUAUUCCACACUGUUGUAUUGUCAGUAUUGUUUCUCCUGGAGUAACACAGCACUCCACAGGUUUCUGAAAGGACAUUGCAGACAGCUAAAUGUUUGCAGUUUAUUGCUUUGUCCUUAAUGAUUGUGAUGUUGUUGUUUUUUUUUAAAAUAUCAUAUCAAGUACAGUAUAAUUUCUCAAGUCAAGCACACUAUUACUGAGGACAAACCCAUGUAAGCACUUACCUUUAGAUUGUAGACGGAUCCGUACGAACCAGCAGGGCUGCUGUCAAAAUAUAACAUGUAUGUCUAGAUUAAAUGGAAAUGAAUGCUUUUAUCACACGUAACCCAAGGUAAGAGGGUGAUUGUAUAGCUGACUUCCCUUAUAAUCCACCUAAUAAUAGCAAUGCCAUAUGGCCAAUAUGGCAGCGAUUCAGAGUUGAGGCUGCACUGAGCAUCACAGACUACAAACUAAAACUGUGCACAUUAAUAUCCUGACUUUAGACGAUCAUUAAGAGGAACCCCGCUAUUUCUCAAUAACAAACAAGCAUAAUGUUUUUUAACUCUGAUGAGAUCUGUGGUCACAGACAAAAUGUUGUAAACUGCGAAGCACUGAGCAGAGGAAGCGGCAUCGAGGCAAAGAGCAGUCUGAUCUGUGAUCUGAGGAUGAAAUAUUCUGUCUUUUCACUGGAGAUGGAAAACAGUCAGCACCUAUCAGAUCACUGCUGGAAAUCCUGCUAGAGCAUUUUCCUAAAGUUUUGGCCUUGGUCUUAGCCAAGUGCAGCUAACAGAAAAAGUAUCAUCUUCAUUUCCUUGUUCUCAAAUCCCCGCUGUUCCAAACGUGUAACAAGAAGAAACCAUGUGGAGAAAACCUAUGCAGGCUGCUUCUUUAAAGGCUUAAUUUGGAUUGUUUUCUGACCCGAGGCCUUUGGUGUUACUUAGCACCAGUGUUUUCGGUGCAUUAUGGGCACUGGUAGCCUCAAGGUUAGACAAGCUGGCGUGCAGAGCAGCUAAAUAAACACAGUCACAUUACAUUUAGUGAGAUGCUGUGUGAUGCUUUGUGUUGCACAACCCAGCUAUUUACCAUGUUAUGGCUCAUUUAGUCGAGAAAACUAUUAAAAUUUCAGUUGGCCUUCAUAUUGUCCUGUUGUUAACUGGACUCAUCCUCUAUUGUAUAAGUCCCACACAUGAUUGCAGCUCUUUGCUUAAUACAGUAACAUCCUGUUAAAGCCACCAGUCACUUCAGGAGUUAAAAAAGUUCAAAAAUUAAACACUGAUUGCUUUUCCCCAUGCUGUAUACUUCCAACAGCUACAUAUAACAUGCAUUAUGGUGAGGCAAAGUGAACACAGCAGGUGUUGACAUUCCUAUUUCAAAGGGAAAUGAACAACUGUAUAAUUGAAAAUAAUUUUGCAUCUCUCUGAAAAAAUAGCAGGCAGUCGUACUGCAGUUUCUUCCUGCAUGGCAUUAGAAAAAAAGAAGCCUGUCUGUGCUUUCUUAUUAGAGCAAAUGCAAAUGCUUCAAACUCCCACCAAGCAUGACUUUUAAAAGGAUAUGCAAGACACACUGCAAGUCCCAUUCAAGCCAAACUUAUAAUGAUAAAAUCUAGCAGCCCGGGGAGAGGAUCUUGGAAGUACACUAGUAAAAUAUUUCUGAUCCACCCCCAAAGUUCAGCUGGGAAACUGCACUGAGAAGGCCUGAAUACACAUAACUUUUCCUGUCUCUGUCUGACUCCAGUCAGCCAAUUCUGAAUCACAGCCCAUGAAGGCUUAUAUUUUGGCAGUAGCGCUGCAUAUUUAUGGUGAUAUGACCAAUUCCAUUGUCUGUUUGAAGACUGCAUAAGGAUUGCGGACUCAUUCUCCCUCUCAGCCCAAGUAAACAUGGGCCCAGUUGGAAGAUGGGCUGAGUUUGAGGGGAAAAAAAACAACAAAAACAAAACAAAAACAAAAAAACACUAUGGAUAUAUUUUCUUUCCUUUGUCUUCAUAUGUGCAAGUGAGAACAGUCUUUAAAGAAAAAUUUGAUACCAUUUAAGAAAUAUGACUGAGCUUGUAUUGCACCUACCAGAUAGUACUGUUCAUUUUAGGUGUUUUGUGACAUUUGUGUGAUUUGCAUUGGAGUCUGAGAGAGAACAUUUUUGGAUGUGAACUUUGGUUAGACAUGAGAAAUGAAACCUUUGCUUCAGCUGCCAGGGGAUUAUCAUAGCAGACGCAUGAAGUAGUCUCAUGAUCUGUUGGGAUUUAUUUUGGAUGAUUCACAUAUAUAAAAUUCUGCCCUUUGCCUGGCUACAAGUUCACGGGGCUCUCUUCAGAUUGGAUUGUUCCCCAAGUGGAGGGGGGCAUCAUCUAUUUGACUCCCUGCAUUGUAAAGGAUCGUUGGUUCAUAUGUAUUUUCUUGAUGAAAAGUGUGUGCUCAUAUUUAAGACUGACAA